AUGGAACAGUACCUAUGGCUCCAAGAACAGUUCCAGGAGUAUACUGCAAUCCAUGAUGGGGACAAAGAAUACAUGCUCUUCUGGCCAAAAAUCUAUCUUUAUUGGUUUAGCAGAUGGCCCGAGCGAGCUAUCCUCUUCCCUGGUAUCGCUAAUGAAACAAUGUUAGAAAAGGAGAAACAAACCGCAGAAACUGAUGCUGUGGAUUCAUGUAAAGCUAAAAACCGCGGCUUGAAGAAGGACAUGUCCGUCUCCGAAGCGGCACUGGUAUCGAAGUCACGCGCAAAAUCCACUGAAGAGAUAUACAUGGACAUGGUCUAUAGUGAACACAUCAAGCCUCCCGUCAAGGCCGAACAAGAGGCAGGUAACAUAAGUACAGCUGGCCAGCGCAUGGCAUUGGGCCAAAGUUUUUGCAAGGAGCUCCUGGAAGACAAGUCAGACGAGGUUAAGGAGGAAGUGAGAGAGAGGUAUAGUAGACAGAAAAAGGUAAAGAGGGUCGUGUUAGACAAUGAAGAUGACAACGAUGAAACUGACACUGACGCUAUCGCAAAAGCUAUCAAUGACUUACCAAUCAUAUGCCAGCGCUUCACACAUCUCAUCAAGAAAAAAACUCAAUUCAUAGUCUCCUUCAUGUGCGCUGGACCAGAGCCGAGGCAUGAUUGGGACAUUGUUUCAUUAUUGUGCCAUCCAUCAGAAACUCCCGCUGGGAGUGUUGGAGAUGGCAAUGAGAUUGAAGAACUUGAACGACACGACAAUGGUGAAGAGGAUAUGAAUGGAGGAUGCGAUGGCUCCAUGGAUUGGAAUAUUCCAGGCUUUGCUACUUCCUCUGAUACAUCAAUGAUGUCAGGCUUCAGUAAUACCAAAGCCGGCAUCAGUGAUGCAUCACUCAAUGAACUUGAUCAAUCCACGUCUAACUCUGAGGCCCAAUCUAAUGUACCAUUUGGACAAGCCCAAACUGAUGCAUCACUCGCGCAGGCUCAACUUCAUGCAUCAUUUGAUUGGCACAACAUUAGUACACUGCCUCCCGAUCCAACUAGUGUGCCUGGGAUGAAUGAAGUGUUCGGGUCAUCAUUUUCUCAUGCUGAUCUUAUAGCGAUGGGGUUUUUGGGUGGCAGUAGCACCAUGCCGAAUCCAUUCCCCCCGGCAUUCAGCUCAUUAGCACCCUCACUCACCGAUGCUAGGAGUACUAUACCAGGAUACUAUGACAUGCAACAUGACACACAAUAUGGCAUGAUGUGGAAUUUUAGCAACCUUGAUUCACAGGGGUGGGAGAUGCCUAGCCUGUCCUCGUUCUUGAGCUCCCCAAUUUCUGCUGAGCACACCACCACCACAGCUGAACAGGAUGAGGUUCUUCCUCACUUUAUUCGUCAGUUGCCCAUUCUUCUGGCAGCAAAUCAUCCUGCAGAUGACAGCACAGAAGACCUUGACAGCAUUCAUACUGGUGCUGGUCUUCCUAAGUCUAAGCACAAGCACAAGUUGAAGCUCCCAGCUGCCAAAGUCAAUUGCAAUCCUGCUAUAGAACUCACCCCCACCAUCACACCGCCCAUGAACACAGCCAAACCCAAGGCCAAACCCAAAGCAAAACCUCUCACCAAGUCUGGUGUGGUAACGGAGACAUCGCACGCUACUGCUGAUGAAGGCAAUACGCUGGGUCAUUUGACUGCCCCCAAUACUGCCAUGAAACAGAAUCUGGCGGUUGAUAUCGGUGCAGCUCCUCGUGUAUCAAAGCGAAUUCCAAUCAAGUCCAGGAAGAAUGAUGUCGCUGACACUAUUGGGUUAGGUGGUUCGAUGUUCGUUGGCAUUGGUAGGGAAGAUCCACCUGUUCUGGGGGAUGUCGGGGCAUCAAUGAUGAAGCAUCCUCCCAACUUGACUAUGGGCAGCGUGAUUCCUGCAAAGUACGACCAAGACAUCUUAGUAUAUUCUCAUUUUCUCAAUGCUAACGGACACAGGAAAAGGCAAACAAAGGCAUGA